UUUUUUUCCCUUUUCACGUAGUACUUUAAAAUAUAUUGAUCGCAAUGCUUUCACAGCUCGAGAAACAAAUACUCAUAGACCUGUGGCACAAACUGACACCAGAGGCAGAAGAUAUUGGAGGUGAAGCACUGUACAGAAUGUUUACAACGUUCCCCAAAACCAAGACCUACUUUGGUCACCUGGACCUCAGUUACGGUUCUGAGCAUUUGCGCUCUCUGGGGAAGAAGAUCGUGCUGGCCAUAGCGGAGGGAACGACGCACAUAAGCACUCCGCUUUUCACCAGCAGUCUGGGCUACCUCAGCAGAUUUCAUGCCUAUCAGCUGAGAAUCCACCCGACCAACUUCAAGCUGUUUAAUCACUGUAUGCUGGUGACUUUAGCUUGUCAUUUGGGGGAGAACUUCUCAGCUGUUGAACACGCAGCGACUGAUAAGUAUCUCUCAGCUUAUGCAGCGGUGCUGGCGGAGAAGUUCAGAUAGGAAUGUUCAUCAUCAUCAUCAUCAUCAUCACACGUGUCUCUUUCCACAUUUCGAAUAAGAGGUCUAUACACCGCAUUGUUUUUCUUUCAUUAUUUCUUUUAUUAUUAUAUUAUUCCUUAUUUAAUUAUUGCUGUAAAUAGAUGCUGUAAACUGUUCUUAAACUAAAUACACUUUCAUAUUUGUCAUUUUUGUUAUUUAAUAAGACAGUAGAGAAACUAUCGGCGAUGGCAGGUGAGAUUUGUGCCUUGCCGUAUCUAAGCUUAGGACAGACAAGUUUAACCUUGGACAGACAGUCAGUCCUGUAUGAAUUUAAAAGGACGUUUAAAUCCCGCGACUUUGUGUUGGCCUUGAAGGCUUUAUUUCAUCUCCCUCUAGUGGUAGAUCAGACAAACUACGAUGUAAACUUUAGUAUACAGUAGGCUCUUAAGCAAAAAAAAAAAAAAAAAAAAAAAUAUAUAUAUAUAUAUGUUUGUGUGUGUGUAAAAUUGCCAUUUUUGUCACUGACUUAUUCCAAGGGACAUCAACGCCCAAGUCUUUUGGUUUAACAUCUUUAAGUGGCUAAAAGAUUUCCAUACUUUCCACUUUUUUUCUUCAACUUCAAGCAGAUGAAGCUUCUGUGGAACUUUUUGAAGUACUUCAUAAAGUAAAUCAAAGUCAAAAAGAUCAUAAGUAAGUGUGGUACAGAGUUUACAGGGAGAAAGAGCAAGAGAGGAGAAAUGAUAAUGAUGGUUAAUAAGAAGAUUGAGUGGCAGUUAUGAUUAUUAAACAAUGAGAAAACACUGCAUUUUUAAUAGUUAUUAUUUAUACAGACAUACAUUAUAUAUAUAUCUAUAUAUAGUGACUUAUGACUUAUGAAGUCACUUUUAGCUUUGGAUGCUACAAUGCACAUAAUGUGGUGGCCAGUUAAUUUGUGAAAAUGAGUCCUUAUGCCUCCAGAACCACUCUUUCACGAUUUCAGUCCUAGAAUAUGCCUGUUACAUUAGGGUAGAAAAACUCCAUAGAUUUUAUAUCCUAGUCAUUAAGUACAUUCACAUUCAGUACAUACAUAAGUUGAUUUUAUUUUAUUGUCACAUAAUAUUGCUGAGCCUAGAACUGACCCACUCCCUAGCAAAUUGGAGGCUUUUUUUCUUCUGAUGCAUCUCACUAACAAAUGGUUUUCUUAUGGCCACACGACUGUUGAGUCCAAAUCCUGUGAGUUAUUACAUUGUUUGUGGAUGAAAAUGCUCUUAUUUCACUAUUAAGCAUGGUUGUUACUGUUGAUUCUUUUGUCACCUGUUGUCAAUAAAUCUCCAUUUAGGAUUAUUUCUACCACAUUUUUUCCAGAAAUUUGACAGUUUAGCAAUAUCGAUGCAGAAGUCCAUGCUAUCCUGGUCUAAUUCAAAAGUAUAAAAAGCAAGCUACUGGACAAAAGAGUUACGAUCAACAGGAUAAUUCAUCCCAACAUGACUCUUUCUGGACAGGAUAAGAACAUAAUGAAAACCCUAUGUGCAAAGAUUGUCCUGAGUGCUGAUCAGUUCAUUUUUCAUACAUGAUGCUACUUCAUGAGCUAAUUAUGAGGAGCAAUAAAGCUUAUCUGGGAAAAAUGCAUGAUUAUGUGGUAUGGAUUUCCGCAGUAUUUUUGUUCAUUUUUUAAAGAGUAAUAAAUGUAUAGCUAAUUACUGUCUACACAUGAUGGUUUGAAGUUACAGCUGCAGUUUCCCUUAGACUUGCCAUAAAAAGCUUUUUUUUAAAGCGGGGUUUAAGGUAGGUCUAUAUUACAUCCUGUAUCAUUUAAAAGGAAGGAACUAUACAUUUCCUUGUGAUAUAGAGAGCUUCAUCUCUACAGGGAGCUACAGCGUUUAUAAUAUCUCAAGGUUAAAAAAAACACAC